GGAGCGCUUCUGGGGCCCCGCGUACCGCGCCGAGUUCUUCCACGGCCACGGCCAGUUCUCGACGAAGACCUACGAGGCGAUCGGGCAGCAGUGCAGCCCCGGGGAGCUGGCCCUCGGGGAGCGCGCGGGGAGCCCCGUGAGCCCCGGCUGCAGGGCGGUCCUGGACAGGAUGGACGAGGAGAUCGGGUUCAGCUUCGCGUACAACCUCUACGACGAGUGCUACGACUUCGUGCUCGAGCAGCGGCUGCCGCGCUGGAGCGAGGUGGGGUCGCUCGGCGCCUGGCGGCGGGCGGGGCCUCGGGGCUCCGGGGAGCGCGGCGAGCUGCUGGGGAGGCUGGAGAGCAGGUGCAGCAACGCCUCCGGGCCCGGGCCCGAGCCCGCCUGGCACAUGGACGGGCAGCCGUGCGGCGGCACGGCUGUCCUCCCCGUGUGGACGGCGCACCCGGAGGUCAGGGAGGCGCUCCACGUUGCUCCCGACGCAAACUAUUUCUACGGGGACAACGGCGUCGGCUUCACCUACGUCGGCACGGAGCCCGAUCUGGUCGAGGACACCUACAAGCGGUGGGCCUCGGAGAACAUGGCGGGGGGCAACAGGACUGCGCUGAGGAUGCUGAUCUACAACGGCGACACUGACCCAGGGCUGAACUCCUUCGUGGCCGAGCGGUGGCUGGCGGACCUGGGCCUCCCCGAGCAGGAGGGCUGGCGACCCUGGACGCGUGACGGGUGGGACGCCAAGGCCGGCCUCAAGGUGGGAGGCUAUGUGACCAGAUAUGCUGGAAACUUGGACUUUGUCACCAUAAGGGGCUCUGGGCACAUGGUCCCCGAGUACAAGCCCGAGGCCGCGUUCACCAUGAUCAAGUCUUUUUUGGAGGGCAAGCCCGUGCCGCGGCUCGCGCCAAAGCCUCCGCUGCGGCGGC